CGAUGCCACAUUUGGUACUACAUGUGCUGCCGAAACUGCCAUACAUGAUCAUGCAGGAGACAAUACAGCCGCGGCUACUUCGGCCGAGCUACCAGUACUGGGCCGCGGCAUGCGUUCAAAACGGCCUUCAGUUCUUCUUCAGGAUUUUGUUACAAAUCAUGUUCACGAAUUAAGCCCAUCCUCGUCAUCACCCGACUCAUCUGGUUUCUCAGGUAGGGAACCAAGGUCAUUCCGAGAAGCUAUGGAUGAUGAAAAAUGGCUUGAGGCCAUGCAGCAAGAGAUCACGGCUCUUGAAAAUAAUAUUACGUGAGAGAUGGCGAGAUUACCUGAUGACAAGAAAGCUCUUGGCUCUAAAUGGGUCUAUAAGAUCAAAUAUAAUUCCGAUGGCUCCAUCGAGCGAUACAAAGCCUGACUUGUGGUGUUCAGUAAUCAC